AUGACCUCACUCACCACUGCCUCGUCGCUAAAACCAAGUGAUAAGGCCAAAAUGAGCCGUCUCCCAUCCGUUUCCAGUUUGAUGUCACCUCCAGAGUCGAAACCCCUGGAGGUGUUCAAUCCGACUACGAUGUCCAGUUUCACACUGCCGCAGGAUCCAGCAUAUAGUCAUAGUAUGGAACUUCCUCCUAUCCCAGGCAACCGAAAGCGUACUCAAUCAGAAAUGGACUUGCCAUCCCCUCCUAUUACGCCCUAUGCUGGAACUAAAAAGAGGAAAUCAUAUGUCUCCGAACAAAUUGACAGAGAUGCUGUUGGCACUCCCAGAGAUCCUCUUCUAUUCCCCCGACAUGAAUCUAUAAAUGACAUUGCCACUGAUGAACCUUUGUUUGGGCCCAUGCUUCCCAAUACCGCGGAAGCUUUGGUCAAUCAACAUAUCAAUUCUCACAUGGCAAGGUUUGAGAACAAACUAAAUAAGCCGACGCGCGACGAGUAUCUUCUAGCUCUUUCAUGCGUACCGAUUGUAUCCUCGCAGUUUAAUCGCAACCCAGCAGCAUGGGCCAAAGAGGAGCGAGAGACAUUAGAGCGUCAGUUAUUACUGAUGAAUCGAUGUCGACCACGGCCAAUCGAGUCCAAGUUGAAGAAACUAGCACCAGCACCAGGGAAAAGGGUGGCGGCUGCACAGCCUCGUGUUCAACGGGCUUCUAGAGUAAAGCGAACACCGAAGUCUACACCAAAGCAGAAAACUCUGGAGAGUUUUGACCUCCCGCCAUCGAGCGCGAAGCAAGCUCGCACUAUAGGAACUAAUCGGGACGAUGUCGACUAUAGCUCCAUCCAAGAUUUUUCUCCUUCGAUAGUGACUCUUGGUGGCAAUGCAAAGGCGCUGAAAGCAGACUGGAAAGGGCAGGUGUUAGACCUCAGUCUCGACCCUGACAGAAAUCUACUCAGUUCAGCAGAGCUUAGCCUUGCAGCAACCUUGAGGCUCUCAUGCGCAACAUAUUUGUGCAGCAAGCGGCGGAUUUUCGAAGCCAGAGUCAAGGCCUUGAAUGUUGGUAAGGAGUUUCGAAAGACAGACGCCCAACAGGCCUGCAAAAUCGACGUGAACAAGGCAAGCAAACUCUGGACUGCUUACGAACGUGUGGGCUGGUUCAACCCAGAACAUUUUCAACAGUAUCGAAAAUAA